UAGAGGUUAUACCUUAACGUUGCGCUCUGUACACGGGUAAUCGGUGGGAAAGCUCCGUGAUAACAAGUUACACGAAGACUAAAGUGAAAAGACGUUAGUUUGACGCUAGUUAACUACAAAUGGAGCGUUCCAAACAAAAGCAACUUAAACCCAGCGAAAGUGAUGCAUCAGCCUCUAACGACACUUCUUUAAAUGGACAUUUUGGACAGACGGUGAAGGUGCAGAAUAUGAGCGGGGUGUCAAAAGGGAGUACCGGUGAGGUGAGCACUCAGCCAUCCUCGGUCAUGGAGAGCUGGAGAGAAGAGCGCACGCGAAGUAUUGAAGACAACGAGAUGAGCUUGCCAAGUAUUGCUGCUGCCUAUACUACAAUUCUCAGGGGGCUCGGGGAAGAUCCUCAAAGACAGGGACUUAUCAAAACUCCAUGGAGAGCUGCAACUGCCAUGCAGUUUUUCACCAAAGGCUAUCAAGAGAAAAUUAUUGAUGUCCUUAACGAUGCCAUUUUUGAUGAAGACCACGAUGAGAUGGUCAUCGUGAAAGACAUCGACAUGUUCUCCAUGUGUGAACAUCACCUGGUUCCUAUCUUUGGAAGGGUCCAUAUAGGCUACCUUCCCAAUAAGAGGGUACUUGGUCUCAGCAAACUAGCAAGGAUUGUUGAGAUUUAUAGCAGGCGCUUACAAGUUCAGGAGCGACUGACCAAACAAAUUGCUGUUGCUAUCACUGAGGCCUUACAGCCAGCCGGCGUCGGAGUCGUCGUCGAGGCAACCCACAUGUGCAUGGUGAUGAGGGGAGUACAGAAGAUGAACAGUAAGACGGUGACCAGCACAAUGUUGGGAGUUUUUCGGGAAGACCCUAAGACGCGAGAUGAAUUUCUGACCCUCAUCCGGAGCUGAAAUGACCACCCCCUCUGCACUGCCAAAUAUAAAAAGAAAAGAAAAGAAAAGAAAAAAGGCACGGAUCUACCUACACCUCCCCCCCCC